UGAAAAUCAAAAGGCCUCAAUUUUGAAAUAAUGCAUCUGAAUGUCUUGCAAUCAGCUGAGGGACAUGCUGAGGAUGAUACUAUUCCUUGAUCUGACUGUCAGUCCUGGGAUUUGAACCAGCGACCUUCCAGAAUCUCUAAUCUCUAGGCCACAGACUGCCCUGAUCCAUUCAAGCCGGCCCCCUCUUUCUGCCUCGGCAUCAGUCAUUUUUUCUCAUUAAAGAGAUCAAGGCUUAUUGCCAAAAUCCUUCAUACCAAUAUAGGGAAUCAUAUCAACAUCUCUGAAAGUCUGCUCAUCUUUCUGAGCAAAUCAGUCUCAAAAAUAUGGACAGUGGUGGCAGAAGUAAUGGUGAGCAGGCAGAGUUGGAUUCAGUGGAGGCAGAGCUGGAGUUAGUGGAGCUGCAGAUCGCAGAGCUUCUGCAGAAGCAGGCUGAUCUGACUACUCGUAAAAAUGCACUGCUCCAACGGCUGGAGGAGGCCUGUUCUGCUGCAGAACCAUCAUCCUCUUCGUCAUCAUCUUCCUCAAAGUCCUCUGGAGCUGAUCCAGUAAUGAGCAAAAAGGAUAUGCAGCUUUAUGAUGGCACAGAUUUUCCUUGGUCGAUAGAAGUGGAGCAGCACCUGAAGAAGUCCUUCCAUCUCUCCACAUUCAGACCGCUGCAGCUGAGGGCCAUAAACCUGACGCUGUCAGGCAAAGAUGUGUUUCUGGUGAUGCCCACAGGAAGGGGGAAAAGCCUCUGCUACCAGCUGCCUGCAGUCUGCUCCAAGGGUUUUACAUUGGUUGUCAGUCCCCUGGUGUCCUUGAUGGAGGAUCAGAACAUGUACCUAUCAUCCAUCAAUGUGCCAGCAGUCAUGGUGAAUGCAUCCAGCAGCAAGGAACAUGCCAAGUCUGUCAUGGCUGGAAUGACAGAUCCCAAUGCCCCUUUCAAGCUGCUGUAUGUGACUCCAGAGAAGAUCGCCAAGAGUAAGCUUCUCAUGUCUCGUCUUGAGAAAGCCUAUAACGCAAAUCUGCUGAACCGUAUUGCUGUGGACGAGGUGCACUGCUGCAGCCAGUGGGGACAUGACUUCAGACCAGAUUAUAAACUGCUCGGCAUCCUGAAGAGGCAGUUCCCCAAAGUGCCGCUGCUCGGGCUCACAGCCACUGCAACCAGCCAUGUCCUCAAGGACUGUGAGAAGAUCCUGUGUGUGCCACAGCCAAUCACACUCUCUGCAUCCUUCAACCGAACCAACCUUUACUAUGAGGUUCGUAUUAAAGACUCUUGCUAUGAUGCAUCAAUCAGUGACAUUGCCUGUCUGAUAAAGAACAGAUACAAGGAUCGUUCAGGGAUUGUGUACGUGUUCUCUCAGAAGGAUGCAGAGGCAGUGUCCUCUGAACUCAAAAAGAGAGGGAUCCUGGCUUAUCCCUACCAUGCUCACAUGGACCCUGAGGAUAAGUCCCGCAUCCACACCAGCUGGUCUUCUAACAAAAUCCAGGUGGUGGUAGCCACAGUGGCAUUUGGCAUGGGCAUCGACAAGCCUGAUGUAAGGUUUGUUAUCCACCACACCAUCAGUAAGUCCAUCGAGAACUACUACCAAGAGAGUGGACGUGCAGGUCGAGACGACUGUCAGGCGGACUGCAUCAUCUACUUUGGCUUUUCUGAUAUUUUCAGGAUUAGCACCAUGGUGGUAAUGGAGAACACCGGUCAACAGAAGCUGCUGCAAAUGGUCGACUACUGCCAGAAUGUUGACAGGUGUAGACGCUCUCUCAUGGCUGUUCAUUUUGACGAGGUGUGGGACGAUGAAGGAUGCAACAAGAUGUGUGAUACUUGCCGCCAUGCGAAAGACUACACCAAUGUGGACAUUACCCAGCAUGCCAAGCAGGUGGUGCAGAUAGUGGAGCUAGCAACAUCAAUGAAUGAGAAUGUGACUCCUCUAAAGCUGGUUGAGACAUGGAUGGGCAAAGGCCCAGCCAAGCGCAGGAAAAUGAUCCAGACCACCACAUUGUGUCGGCUGCAGGCUGAAGCUGUGAUAUUGCGGCUGCUGCUGCAGGGAUACAUUAGAGAGGAUUUCAGCUUCACUCCAUACACAACCUAUUUCUACGUAAAGCUGGGCCGGAAAGCUCCUCUGUUGAAGAACCAGACUCACACACUUCACAUGAAGAUGAGGACAACAGGGACUACAUCUGCUCUGGUAAAAGCUGUGUCUGGCAAGGGCAAAGCUAAAACGGGAAAGAGAUCAGUUCAAACUGUCGGUGACGCCGCGGCUUCCAAGAAAGUCAAGACAGAUCACUCCGAACCCGCCGAGAAGACGAGCUGACAAAGACACAUCAGCCAAGGAGGAGGAGACUGAUAUGACAUCUAAACCCAUCGUCAUGGACAACAGCUGCCCCACACAACCCAAACAGAAGCUGUUAAAAGUGCAGAGGAACCUGUCGGACAAACAUGUUAAUGACCAGAGAGAGAAAAAAAACA